AUGGGCAGACCCUUCUUGUGCACCUUGCCCUUGGAGAUCACUCAAGCCAUUCUCUGCCAUCUUCCGGAUCUCGAGACGCUGCAAUCGACUGUCUUUGCCCAUCCUGCCUUAUCAUCCGCUUUCACCGAGCACAAGGAGUAUAUCUUGCAUCAGAUCCUGUCGCAUACUAUCCCUCCCGAGCUAUUGCCGGAUGCCAUCCUUGCCUUUAACGCAUCCACCAUCGAGGCCGAUCCAUGGACGCGCGAACGAGUGCUUUCCAUCCUGGACGAGCACAAGUCUCGCCAGAUUCCCCCCUCGUUCCGACUGACCGUCAAAACCGCUUUUUCGAUGCAGACGCUACACCGGCAGGUGCACGCUUUCACCUCGGAAUUUCUCUCCACGGCGCUAUCCCAGAUGUUCUUCAUAGGCUUCCCAUCCUCAGUCUCUCCCUCGUACACUGAAGAGUGUCGAACGGCCAGGUCUUUUUACCGCUUCGAGAUACACCAGCACCUGUUCCGGAUGAGAGAACCCCGAGCUGGGUUCAACAAGCCAUCGCCGGACUUUCGCCUCGCCGAGCAAUGGAACAUCCACUACCGGCACUAUCCCGUAUGGGAGGUGGAGCAGUUGAUGUCCGUCUGUGACUUUCUCUUCCGCACAAUUGCCAGGCCUUUUCGCGAGAUAGCUGAGCGUGAGACGGAGUGGUCCGACGAGGGGAUCUGGUACGUUUCCGGCGAGGCAUGCCACAUGGAUCGCCCAUCUCCUAUAGGAACUCUACUGGCCCACGGCCUCGUCUUCCUGGGAAGAGUCCUCGCGGCCCCUACAUAUGCAGAACGUUAUCAGUUACUCGCCCCGAAGCUUCUCGGCAAGCCCUUCAUCUCCUCUCUUGCUGAAUUGCUCCCAAACAUCUGUGGUGCCCAGCCGGGCAGUGCUCUGUGGUACAACGAUCUCACCUUGGAACAGAUCCAAGGGUUACAGGAGGUGGAACCUCCUGGAUUUGAUUCGGGUCCAGCUGAGGCCUGGCGAUGGGCACAUGCAAGACUGGCCAGAUAUGACUGGGUCGGAGGGGAGGACACGCAACAGCUCCGCCGACGAGGAUAUGUGUUCUGGGAUCAUGACCGGCUUGUAGACUGGGGCUUACUCGAUCAGCCAUGGAGAGCGUUGUCUCCAGAUUUAACGACCACUGAGUGGCGAAGCGAAAUGAUGGAAGCCAACCUGGAACAACGGCCAAAUCUGUACUUGGUUCGGGGUGUGGGCUGGUGGUGGGCUGGGGGACACGAUCCACGUCCAGUGUCAUGA